AUCCGCCGCGCGCAGUUUCCGCGGAACGAUGAGCGCGUAGGGAGGGCGAAUAGGCGGUCCUGGAUUUAUCUUCAUUUUUUUCUAUUUCAGCAGGUGCUGGCCGAGGUUGGGAACUUCGCGCCAUGAAGAUUCUGGGCUACAUUGUGGUCAUCAAGAGGUCUGGGGCCGAUGGGACACCCUUCCCUCUGACCAAUACCAGUUGUUCCAUAGGACGCAAUAAUGAGUGUGACAUUAGAGUCCAGCUGCCCAGUGUGUCCAGGCAGCACUGCCGGGUGGACGUCGAACCCAGUGGGAAGGCUUACAUUACCAACCUCAGUCAAACCAAUCCAACACUCCUAAACGACACACCCUUAGCGGGGGAAGAAAUAUCCAUCUUGACUCAUAAGGACUUGCUAACAGUUGCGGACAGGCAGUUCCGUUGGGAAUAUCCUGAGGGAUCUAUACUUGCUACUGUCACCAAGAGAGAGAGGGAUAUUGAUUACAAGAUUCUUUCGCCAAAAGCAAAGUCACCUGUAAGCCAGCACAUGCGUGAAGGUUACAGAUUAGAGACUUCUGGAGCUGAAAGUAACAAGAAGCGGAAACCAGGGGAAACUGAAUUGCCUGAUGCAAAGAGAAAGAGAGUUUCUUUCGGGCCCUAUCUUAACCCUGAACAUUUUGAUAAACAGUUGCCACCAGCUACUCCUGUCAGCAAGGGCGAGAAACCAAACACACGGCGAGCAUCGUUGGAUCUAUCUAGCAGUCCAUUUGUAAAGGGAAGCUCAAAGAAGAAAAACCGCGUUUCACUCAUUCCAAGUGCUUCCGUUAUUACAGAAGAGAGUGGUAUUGACACCCCAACUAAGAGUCUUUUAAGAAGGAGGAGCCCAACUCCAGUGAAACCUUACUUGGCUCGAAGUCUUGGUCUCCUUACUCCCAAGGCGUUAAAUGGGACCCCAAACUCAAGCCCAGAAAACUUGAAGACACAUUCGGUGCAAGCUGAAUUAUCAGCUUCUGAAGUAUCAAGUGCAUUGGAAAGUGCCUUUCAGAAGAGCACAAAGGCUGUGGGAUCACUCAGUCCAAAGGUCAGCAGUGAUGAUGAAGGAAAUGCACUUUCUGUGAAGAGCCCCAAAGCCUCAAGCCCAACAGCUGCCUCUCCAAAGACCAAGGGUCCAGCAGCUGCAACCCCCAAAGCCAAAAGUCCAUCAGCAUCCCCCAAGGCCAAGAGUCCAUCGGCAUCCCCCAAGGCCAAGAGUCCAUCGGCAUCCCCCAAGGCCAAGAGUCCAUCGGCAUCCCCCAAGGCCAAGAGUCCAUCGGCAUCCCCCAAGGCCAAGAGUCCAUCUGCAUCCCCCAAGGCCAAGAGUCCAUCGGCAUCCCCCAAGGCCAAGAGUCCAUCGGCAUCCCCCAAGGCCAAGAGUCCAAAGGUAUCCCCCAAGGCCAAGAGUCCAAAGGUAUCCCCCAAGGCCAAGAGUCCAAAGGUAUCCCCCAAGGCCAAGAGUCCAAAGGUUAUCUCUACUAAGAUCAGUAGUCCAAAAAUGUCCCCCAAAAGUACUAAGAGCCCUAAAGCAGUUACUCCGAAGAAAUCUAGCUUUCAAACUGCCAGUCCCAAGAAACUGGAAAAGACACCCAUUGAAAAGAUCCCCAUAAAACUUGUCACCCCUAAAUCUGGAGCCAAGAAACUGUCUUCCCCAAAGACCAUAUCUGCAAAGAUGACAACCCCCAAGACCAGUCCAAAGACUCAAGGAACACCCAAGAAUAGUAACUUGAAAACUUCUCCAAAGAAAUCAGCGACCUUAAAGAUAUCCCCAGGGAAACUAGGGGCCCCCAAAACCACUCCCAAGAAGCUUGGAACCCCCAAGACCACACCCAAGAAGUUGGGUACUCCAAAAACUACACCCAAGAAGGUGGAUACCCCCAAAGUCACACCCAAGAAGGUGGAUACCCCCAAAGUCACACCCAAGAAGGUGGAUACCCCCAAAGUCACACCCAAGAAGGUGGAUACCCCCAGAGUUACACCCAAGAAGGUAGAUACCCCUAAAGUUACACCCAAGAAGGUAGAUAUCCCUAAAGUUACACCCAAGAAGGUGGAAACCCCUAAAGUUACACCCAAGAAGGUAGAUACCCCUAAAGUUGCACCCCAGAAUGUGGAUACCCCUAAAGUUACACCCAAGCAGGUGGAUACCCCCAAAGUCAUGCCCAAGAAGGUGGACACACCCAAAGUUACACCCAAGAAGGUGGAUACCCCCAAAGUCAUGCCCAAGAAGGUGGACACACCCAAAGUUACACCCAAGAAGGUGGAUACCCCUAAAGUUACACCUAAGAAGGUGGAAACCUCAAAAGCUACACCCAAGAAGGUGGAUACUCUGAAAGCCACACCUAAGAAAGUGGGAACACCCAAGAAAGUAACUCAGUUGGGAAGAUUAAAACUUGUACCCAAAAAAGCUGGUGUAAAAGCAACUACAAUAAACACUCCCAAGUCAACAUCCUCUAGAGGACAGAAAAGGAAGGCCAGCUUGACACCACAGGCAGCAGCAAAAUCCAAGAAGAAGACCAAAGUAGCUGUAGCCACGUCUAAGCAAGGAAGCACACCUAAGAAAACGCCAAAGAAAGUUCAAGCAAGAGUUUUGGGAAGGACCCCUGGAAAGACCCCUGGAAAGACCCCUAAGAAGUCCUGGGCAGAUGUGUUGAAGCGAGGCCUCAUGGCACGGAAAAUGCCGUCAUCCAAGGCCCAACGUGCCAGGGAAGUUAUUCAGAAGGCAAGAGUCCUCAGGGAUUCUCGUAAGGCUGGAGGAGUGAAGAGUGCUUCAAAUACCAAAUUUUCCUUGGAGGUGCCACAAAGCUUUGAUUUUAGAACUUCUACCACUGGGCAUGUCAAUUCACCAGCUCCAAUCUUCAUUUACAAGAAAACCGCAAAAACACCCCGUGUAUUUCGAAAAGGACGAAAAAGCCCCCUUAAGUCCAGAACCACAGGACCAGCAGGAACUGAUGAACACUUGGAGGGAUUGGCAGGGCUCAUGGAUACCCCAGGCAAAGUGGUUGAUUCAGAAGCUAGGAUGGCACAUAAUAUCAAAACUAUUGAAUCUAUCCCAAGAGUUUCCUUGAACCACUUAUCUACACCAGAAGGCUCACCUCGUCCAAGAGGAAGACCUCCAAAACAAGCAACAAGUCCAUCAAAGACACCAGAGGGCUCACCUCGUCCUAGAGGCAGGCCCCCAAAACAGACUGCAAGUCCAGCAAAGACACCAGAGGGCUCACCUCGUCCUAGAGGCAGGCCCCCAAAACAGACUGCAAGUCCAGCAAAGACACCAGAGGGCUCACCUCGUCCUAGAGGCAGGCCUCCAAAACAGACUGCAAGUCCAGCAAAGACACCAGAGGGCUCACCUCGUCCUAGAGGCAGGCCUCCAAAACAGACUGCAAGUCCAGCAAAGACACCAGAGGGCACUCCUCGCCCAAGAGGUAGGCCUCCAACAAAUACUGCAAGUCCAGUAAAGACACUGGAGGGCUCUCCUCGACCUAGAGGUAGGCCUCCAACAAAGGCUGCAAGUCCAGCAAAGACACCAGAGGGCACACCUCGCCCAAGAGGUAGGCCUCCAACACAGGUUGCAAGUCUAACAAAGAAGACACCAGAGGGCACACCUCGCCCAAGAGGUAGGCCUCCAAAAAAAGACAGCACUCCAAGUCCAGUUAAAAUGCCUCAGAACAUAUCUGGUUCUACAGAGCAAAUAGAAGCUUUAAGCCCAGGUAAAAAUACAUUAGACUUAAAAUCUCCAGUACUAGUUAGUAUUGCAAGUCCAGUAAAAACUCCAGAAGAAACAACACCAAAACGUAAAGGAAGGCCGCCCAAAUAUUCAAUGACACCAAAUCUAAAAACUCCUUCAGGACCUUCAGCAUCAGAUUUUGAGGAUUCUUUAGGUGCAUCACCUGCUCUUUUCUCUCCAUACACUCCAAGCAUUGUCAGCAAUAGUCACACUUCAGUUAAAAUGAGUAUGUCCUAUGCCAAUACUCCAUCAUCAUAUGGUAAUAUCACAAACUUUGAUUUCUCCUCCAUUAAGACACCAGAUGUAACAGAGGAUAAAUUCAUUUCACCCCUUGUAACACCUGCUGUGGCCAACAACACUCCUGAACGUUUAUUGCGAAGUGUACGUGGAAAGUCUGCUUUGGCUUCGCCAGAAGAAGUACCCAUAGAAACUGAUGCCACUACUUUUGACUUUGAGUGUGCUGACACUCCAAAUGUUUCACAAGAUAUAUUUGUCUCGCCAGUGGGUGUAAAAUCUGAAUUAAGAGGUCUGAAGUCCUUGUACAAGAAAAAUAAUGCUGCAGACUAUAAAAAUGUUGAGGGAUUGGAGAAGCUUAUGUCAACACCAAAGCCUGAUAAUGUAACAAGUUCAUCUUGUACAGCUGUUUCUGGUUUGAGAAACUUAAUGAAAACGCCUAAAAUGCCAGUUCCGGAGAAAGAAACUGAUGACACCCACUUAGCUGGAAUGCGGAAAAUUCUGCGGACGCCAAAGCCUGUUUCUGAAAGCCCUCAAGCUGAUUAUUCAAAUGUUGCUGGUGUCUGUAAACUGAUGAAGACACCAGCACCUAGUGUUGCAGAGAGAGAAGCUGAUGAUUCUCACAUAGUAGGAGUCAGGAAAGUCUUGCGAACACCAAAACCUAAUCCAGAAAGCCCUAAAGCCGAUUUUACAAGUGUCACUGGAUUGCGUAAGCUCAUGAAGACCCCUAAAGCAAAUGUUACAGAAGAGCCAGUUGAUGACUCCAAACUCUUUGGUAUUGGAAAAAUGUUACGGACACCAAGAACCACAGAAUGUCCUGAAGCUGAUUACACAAAUAUUCAUGGAGUGCACAAGUUAAUGAAAACACCUAAAGGGCCUGUUCCAGAGCGUGAACCUGAUUACACCCACAUUGCAGGGGUUAGGAAAGUACUGAGAACCCCAAAGCCAACACCACCCUCUCCAAAAGCAGAUUAUAAUAAUAUUUCUGGGGUUAAAAAUCUACUGAAGACCCCAAGAGAGGAAACUCUGAAUGAGGCAGAUUAUACGAAUGUUACUGGACUGAAGAGGUUAUUAAGAAAUCCUCGUAGUGCCAAAGAAGCUGCAGAGGCUGACUACACUAAUGUACAAGGAUUAAGAGAUCUAAUGAAAUCUCCAAGACAGAAACCAGAGAAUGUGGAAAUAGAAGCAGAUUAUACAGAACCAAAAGGAUUAAGGAAUCUGAUGGCUACCCCUGCUCAGAAGCGUCUGGAGCCUUUGGCAGAUUAUACCAAUGUAAAAGGUAUGAAACGAUUGCUCUCAACCCCUCAGACUCACAUUAAUAUACCAGAAGCUGAUUACACCAGUGUGCAUGGAGUGAAGAAUAUUAUGAGAACACCUAAAUCUCAAGAUUAUUCUUUGGAGGUUGACUUACAAGGGUUAGGGCAGUUAAUGAAAACACCUCUUACUGACCAAACUAAUGUAGUUAGUCAAGUAACUGAACUACGCCAGACUACCACACCAGCUUCUGUUAGAAAGUCACGAAGGGCUCCAAAAGUUAUCAGUCCAACAACAAGCUCACCUUCAGAAAAUAUACCACCUGUAGAGCCACUUAAAUCCCACACAGAGGUAGUACAAGAGAAAGAACUUGAUGAAGGCCUGACUCCACGAAGAACCCGAAGAACAAUAAAAACUGAGUCAGAAAGCAAUACACCAGUGAGACGUGGGCGAUCCCGUCAAGUUAAUGUUAAGAAUGAAGUGGCACAAGAGGAUUCUCCAGUUUCAUCAACUCGUAGCCGCAGAGGCAAACGGGGAACUGCACCUGAAGAGGUGGCUGAAGUGCCGCAGAAGAAAUCAAAGAGACGGCAGAAUCAGGCAGAUGAAUCGGUUGAUUCAAAUGAGGGAUCAGAGGAAACAAUAGUUGAAUUGCCAGUUCCAUGUAAUAUUAAUGAGAAAGAAUCGGAGGACAUUGUUGAAGAAAAGAAAUCUUUACCAAGGAGAGGUGGCCGAAGCCGCAAGGAUGCAGCUUUGCAGAGUGAAGUAACAACCAAUGAAGAAACAGAGGUUGCAAAGGUUUUGACACCAGUGAAAAGAAGACAAAAGCAAUCUGAAGAUAUGGAAGUGAACCUCCCAGUUGCAGUGGAAACAGCCAUUGAUGAGCCUGUAAAACCAUCUACCCCAGCAAAGAGAGGACAAAGAAAGGCCCAACCAAAGAAAGAAGAAGAAACUGAUGACUCGUCUUUAGACAUACCUGCUGUAAAACGUACAAGAGGAAAGUCAACCAAAGAAGUUGCCAAAGUAGAAGAAUCCCCUAAAGUUUCAACACCUGUGCGAAGGGGACGAAGAAGAGGUCAAGUUGAAAUUGAAAAAGAAACCGAACCCCAGGAAUUGCCUGAGACACCUAAAGUAGAUGAAGUACAAAUGAGUGUGGAUGAAGAUCUGGAAAAGCCGGUGAAAAGUCGUGGUAAGAGAGUACGUGUGGUUGAGCCGAAAGAAGUAAAUACUGAAGAAGUGAAGCCUACAACGAGAAGAGGGCGCUCACAAAAGGUUGUAGAAGAAUUGGACACAGAAGGGGAAAAAAUGGUAAAUAGCAAGCCAAAGGGUGGAAGAAGAGCUGUGAGUAAACAAGAAACAUCAGAAGCUAAUGAAGAAUUAGUGAAGACUGUCAGCAGUGGACGUGGUCGUGGUAAGAAAAAGACCGACGAAGCAGAAAAAGACAGCAACCAGGAAACAGAGCUACCAACCCCAGUCAAAAGACGUGGUAGAGCUGCAAAGGCUAUUGAAGAACCUGAGCCUACUUCAGAUGCGUCUACACCAACAACAACCAGAAGAGGUCGUGGUAAGGCCACUAACAGCAAGGAGGAGGAGGAAAGCGAGUCUUCUCAGGACCAAGUGAAAACUACUAGCCGUGGUCGAGGCCGCAAACAAACCACAAAAGAUACUGAAGAAACCAUUGUAGCUGAACCUGAAACAAAGACACGAAAAACAAGGGGCAAAAAGGUGGAACCUGCAAAGAAUGAGGAGGAAGUUGCACAAACCUCUACAAAAUCGAGACGAAAAGUUGAUACGGAGGAGAAAGUGACAAAGGUGACUAGACAGACACGGUCACGGAAGUAAAUUAGCAGUACAACUGUAUACCCGAGUACCUGCCUGCAUUUACUGCAAUAGAAGUAAAAUGUUUUAUUCUAUCAGAAGGUUAUCUUACUUUUACUGUCAUGAUUUCAACAAAAAAAAAUCUGUUUAUAUCAUUUUACAUUUGUAACACUUUUUUAAGACUAGUAUUGUAGAUAUGUUAGGUGUUUUAGUGUGUCUUUUAUGUAACUGUAAAGAUAUUUUUGUCAAACUGACAAAUAAAUAAUUCUAUAGGAAUGUCCCUGAAUGGUUACUUUUACCAUUGGGAUUUUUAUAUUUUCUGGUAACCAGAUACCAUAAGGAGACAUUGGGGGUAUUUAAAAUUAGUUUUCCUUCAAGAUUUGUCCUUUAUACAUUUUCAACACUUUCACAUUUUUUUUUUUUCUUUGUCAAUGAUAGUAUUGACAGUACAUUAUUGCAUAGCUUACAAUAUCUACUCAGUCUCUUACAUAUUUUAAUUUCCUUUAUAUGUGCAAGAUUUGAAGGUUUAGAAAUAAGUUUCUUUCCUUUUUUAUUCUUUAUAAGCUAACAGAGGAAUUCACAAAUUAAAUUAGAUAAAGCAUGUAGAUAGCAGUCAUUAAAUUGUGAAUGUG